UUUUUUUUUUUUGUCGAGGCUGCGAAUCGAAACCUGGGCAAAACCGCGAUCCCACUUUCAACCGCCCGCACUACCUCGACAAUCACCAUCGCCUGUCCUCGACGACCUGCCGACCCGCCCCUCGUCCUCUCCACGUCGACGAACACAACCUCGGGUUAUUUGUUACCAUAGCAGCUGGGAGGAGCUACCUUCGUCCCUUGGUUGCAUUCCUUGAACUUAGCUUGACAGCGAGGGAAAAAAAAAUCCACACAAAAUGGCCAUCUGGGACACACUGACUGGGCGCAAGUCCGACUCACAAAAAUCCUCCACACCUACGCCGACAGCUCCAUCGCCAGACGCAGGAGCGCCGCAGCUGACACCCCUCUUCGACUCGUCACAACCCCAAGGCGUCGACGCCUUCAUCGGCAGCUCCUCGUUCGCUGACCCGUCACAACUACAUCCCCUCGCCGGCCUCAACAAGGAUGCGCUAGACUACAUCACCCUCGAGGACUCGGUGCUGUCCGACCUACCCGGCUCACAGUCGGUCAUACCCUCGCGAGGCUGGAGCGACGAUCUCUGUUAUGGCACCGGCAUUACAUACCUGUCCUCCCUGGGUGUCGGUGGAGCGUGGGGGAUGCAGGAGGGCUUGCGCAGAUCCGCCGGCCAGCCCCCCAAACUGCGACUCAACUCGGUCCUCAACGCCGUAACCCGUCGCGGCCCCUUCUUGGGCAACUCGGGCGGUGUCGUCGCCAUCGUUUACAACCUUUUCAACUCGUACUUUGGCUACCUCCGUGGCAAGCACGAUGCCGCCAAUUCCAUCGCCGCCGGUACGCUGAGCGGCAUGCUGUUCAAGAGCACCCGCGGCCUACGACCAAUGAUGAUCUCUGGAGGAAUUGUUGGGUCUGUCGCUGCGGUCUGGGCGGUUGCGCGCAAAACAUUUGAAUCAUCCUCGGAUAAGGAAAGGAUCUCAUUAUAAGCAAGGGGUAGCCUCACCGCAGCAGCCCACGAAACUGGCGGUUGAACCUAUUUUGCCAACUACAACUACCUACCCACUUCACAUUCUCUUUCCCAUUUUCAGUCAGGCUUUGCCUGGCGCUGUGUAAAAAUUCAUGUAUCCACAUACCCACCUAUCCGUUACGACGUGAGCGGCAAUAUUAAUGAGGCGAGCACUUCGCGUGCGCCCCUAGGCGAGUUCUCGAUCUACCUGCUGAUGGAUGAGGAAAAUGAACGCUUUUCCUUAUUGGCAGAUCUGGCUUGGGCACACAAUCGGGGCAUUUAUCUCAUACUACGGUGAUUAUCUCUACUCCUCUCUGGCAACUGUAUUUUUUAGAACGGAGGUGGGUCAUAUGCGUGUACCAUACCACAUCUAGUUGAGCGCGGAAGGGCGUGGAGGGCGUGUUGGGCGUUUGAUUCUGCAAUGGACUUGGAUUUCCCAACAUCCUGUGGGAUUCGUGAUGCUAGCUAUGAAGGUGAGCCUGACUUGUGAUAUAAG